AUGACUGCUCUUCAUUUCUCCUCCGCCAUCUCAUCAGUUUCCACACCACCCCGAGGCCACCUCCACAUUCAGUUUUGGCACCUUGGUAGCCCCAAAAAAUCGGAUGCUAAAGUCCCGCCAUCCGUCUACCAUAAUCUCUCAAGGAUAUUUCCUCCGAUCCGGGUUUUAUGCCCAGCCAGCUUGAAGACCCACGAGAGCAACAGUAAACUUCUCGGAGAUAUGGUAAAUCGAGCCAAGACGCCAAAGUGCGGUAGUCCUCAGGGAUCGGACACUCUAAUACCGGACGCAAAAAGCAUCGAUGGUUCCUGCUCUGGUUCACUCUUCUCAGGAGAGUCGAUCAUUGUAGCUGCCGGGAUUCCACCAGCAUCGAGACCAGCCGCCAAGGCCCGCCGGGUUGCAAAAAAGUCUCUGGGCUCGCAAGAGACUGUUGUCAAGAAAGCCGAAGCCGAUGAAUAUGAAAUACCCGGCGGCUCACCACCUCCACGGCCCAAAAGGCCCUCGAAGCCGAUCCGGAAGCCUCCAACCACUGCCAAAAAACCUUCGCCUCCGGUAGAACCAAACAAAGUGGGCAAGGAAAAGCUUUUCAAGCGACCAUUCACAAAGAAACUAGAGCCAGUCAGCCCUGACACUCCCGCUGCUGCCCACAAAAUCUUGGACGCGGAGAAUCCCGCCCGAGAUUCCAGCUCAUCUCAUUGCGCCACCAACGAGGGUGUCAAGAACACACCACCUGGGAUGCUUGUUGAGAUGAGUCUCGAAUCAUUGCCGCAGCUGCCUCGAAGUUUACCAACCUGCCUACCGAAAGUCGACCAAUCAGAGAAGCUAUCGGGCAACUUGGCAGAAGAAGAGCAGAGGAAGGGCCCGGCUGUUGGCGGCCCUAUUCAAGUUGCCUUUUCUGAUUUCAGCGUACCCGAACAUGUUGUCUCUGAGGGUAAAUUUUGUCUUCCACCGAAGACAAAACACGUUGCGGCAAACUACCUGAGAUCUCGUGAUACCGUCCAGCCUGUCGUGCCUGCGAGCAUUGAUGAGUCACCCAAUCGUGCAUUUGUCCCUGUUGAUAUCAAUAGCGAAUGCAUCGUCAGAGAUAGAUACGGGGCCGCUUCGUCACCCUUUAAUCUCGGCAUCGCUUCCCUCAAGAGGCCAGCAUCUCCUAUUGAACCUGAUUACCAGAAGCGAGCACACACUCUCCUCAAAGUCCAAUCACCUCAAGAAGCCGAAGAGCCCAAGAAAAGGUCUGCAGCUCCCAGGAAACUGAAUCACCACUUGAUAAAUCUGAAUGUCCGCUACGAAGGCUUGCGUCAUUCCGAUGUUCCACUUGUCGGUCAGACAGCUGUCAUCCCCGGAGCCCCAGAUCGUGAGCAUGGAAAAGCACUACUACAGAGAUUUGCUGAGGACGACCAGGAGCCCACCUUGCCGGUUCAGGAGAGGGAGAAUAUCGGUAGCAGUGAUCCUCCAUUCGACACUGUGAACCCUUUGCCGACGAAUUGCAACGACUUGGGCCGAGACAAUGAGUGUGCAUCGAGCCGAGGAAUAGCGGACAAUAACAAGCAGCCCCCGUUUGAGGGAGAAUGGUGGGAAACCAUCCGAGCCAUACUACAGGUUUGCACCUUCCACCUCCAUCGAGACUCGGCACUCAGCAAUAAUGCCUUGGACGACAUAAAAUGCAGGGAAGGAUUGCUUGACACGUUUGUCAAUGACCUGAUGUCGCUCGAGCGCCAGCUAUUGUCUGUGACAAAAAUGCACAGGGAAGACCAAGCGAGUAUACUCAGGGUCUGUCGUGAAAAGUCGCAAAAUAUUGUGCGACAAUGCGAUAAGGGUCGUGAUUCUUUACGCAAGAUUAUUGAAACGGCCCGAAUGACUGAUAUCAACAAGAUUUUGCUUGAGUCACAAAGUCAAACACGGCGGCUUGUGCAAGCCCUACAAGAUCCGAGCCGUCCCUGA